AUGUACGACAAAGAAGAAUUCGUUCGACUCAACGCAAAAAUCAAAACCUAUGAAGCUCAGCUCGAUACUUACAGGAGGAAGAUCGCCGAACUAGAGGGCAAACUUGAGGCCUACGAACAACAAAAUACAAUAUACCCUACCGCUGAAGUUCCCGCGAGCGCUGUUUCCAAGGCCGCAGUUGACCAGCUUCUUUCAAAUCCUGUUUCACAACUCUCGCCAACUCAGAUUCGAUGCUUUCCAAACCAUCAACAAUCCCCAGAUCUCGAAAUUGUCCCUUAUGAGCCCGCGAAGUCGAACAACAUUAGCAAAAAGAGAGGUCUUGAUUGUGUGCCUCGACCGUCUCGCAAAAAACACCAGCAGGCGCCACGGUGGAUCGCAGCGGGACAAAGAGUCAUUGCUAACGUCAAGAAGGGCAAGUUCAGCGCGGAACGUUUUCGUUCGCAGAACAUUGAAUCAUCAGAGCCACAAGGUUCGUUAUUUGAAAGAGGCAAAACAUUGGCUGAAAGAGCAGCACACAGUCUUCGAAAUGCCACCUACGCAGCGACUAAGGCGCAAACGGAACUGUUUUUCUUUCUCUCCGCAUUAUGUGUGCUCGAAACUCAUAGUACUUUGUCCUCAGAUGAGAUCGACAAUAUCAUGAUGGUGUUGGAAAGCCGAACCGACAACUACCGUCAUCGUCGCUCCAUUCUCCAUGGAGCAAAGUGGUUCCACGAUAAGGUGAUAGUGAGAUUGUGCGAAAGAGGUUGGAAACUUGGCCAUGCCAUCGCUGUCGUUGCUCUAAGUUCUCCUGACACCCCGUCUCAGUAUGAACACGUGCGCCAUGACAAGAAUGCCGAUCGCUUCAUACAGGCAUUUGAAAACGUGAAGGAUGACUCGAAGGAGGUCGAGUGCAUUGGAUUACUCUUAUUUCGAUAUGUUGAACUUUGGAACCCUUUUAUCAGACCAGUCGAUAUUCUCACCCAUCUUUAUUCCGGUUCUCUUUCACCUAGCCCGACGAUAACAAACCACGAAUUGGACGCAGUUACAAAGUACAACAUGUUUGCACUUAUUCAUCCAGAAGUGUCUCCACCCACGUCGGCAACGUCCGCCCUACAGCAGCUCAUAAGAUCAACAGCAGAGAAAUCCCACGAUCUCUCAGCCUCAUUGUUGUCCAAUACAUCUAAGCAUCUUCUCGACAUUCUGCACGUCCUCACUCAAUCAGCGCAUGUUGAAUACUCUUUGUUACUGUACGCUGGUACCAAAAGGAAAAGAUGGACCCCUUCUGGAGAGCUUGAAGAUUUCUCUAUAGGAGACAUAGGAUUUGAUUAUGCGGCUAUCGAAAUUUUGCGCGACGCUAAAAAGCUGGACCGUCAGCUCUGUGUAUUGGAAUCGAAGAGCCUCAUCAAGCGAUACGGUGGAAAAAUCCAUAUACUCCACAAUUUCGAUAUCGAAUGGGCGCAAUGGAGGCAGGCCGCGCCGCUCAUUUGUUUUUAUUUCACAGGCUGUGAGUAUUCCAAUCGAUUUUCCGAAGUUGGGAACUGCGCUUUGCCGUCGUUCCAAGGUUUCUUUCGUGCAUACAAACAACAACCCGAAGACCAACGCUACUCAGUUAAAAAUCUGGUUCUGCCGGCACUUGUGCAAGCUUCCAAAUUUUCGGAUCUUCCCUGGAAGAAAGAAUGCAUCGACGAGAUAGGGUCUGAAGAUCUCCAGGCCAUGGACCUCUACACGCACGCUUCCUUUAUCGUCAGGAAGGCAUAUGUCCUAAGAUCGGACGGUCGCUGGGAUGAGUCGUCUCUAGUCAUUCGAGAACAGCUGUGUUCGAUGAACACCAAUGAUCUUGAUCCACGGCUCAACGCAGUACGUGGCCUCCUUGUCCACUCACUUGCGUCAAAUAUGUGGGAGAGGGAGAAAUUCGACGAGGCGGUCACUAUCUGGGGACAAUGGCAACCACCCAAGUAUAGGGACAUGACACUUUUUGAAACAAGAGUGUCAACCAGAAUACUGACGGGCACCGGAAAGGUAAUGCUGCAUCAAGGCAACUUCCAGGAUGCAAUGAGUAGCUUGGAAUCGGCAUUACGUCAAUACGAUGAGGAUGUUCACCCGCGCCUGGAUGUUUUAGCGACCUUGACUGACGUAUACUGCGAGCUUGGAAACCCCAAAAAGGCGCUGGAAAAACUGAGACCGGUAAUCAAUCUUAGUAAGGGUCAAACCAACAGAUACUACAGAAACUGCUAUGUAUCUUAUGUUGAGGCGCUUAUCUGGACGCAUAACCAUGAGGAAGCUGAGAGGAUACUCUUAGGCCUCAAGAAACACUUCGGAGAAAGCUCACAACUUGACCGGCACGAUCGAAGAAGAUACAUCAGGAUCUUGCUUCAGUUGGCACAGAACCUCCACCUUCGAGCUAAGAAUCAACCACAAUGGAUGGAAACAGUUGUACGUUGGAGGGACGUCGUUGCAUCUGUGGCAGAGUUUGAUGAAAUUUCUAGUUGGGACCUCGGUAUGAUAUCGUUUUCGAUGCAUCACGCCAGUCUCCAGUCAGGCACUGAAAACAGCGAGUGGCUGGAACGAGGUAUUAACGAAUUCAAAAAGAAAGGUCGUUUCUGGAUGAGAGGGAUGGCAACAUAUUGGGGUGGUUACAUUUGCUCUCAGUUGCCAUGUGUAGUUACCGCAGUUCGACCUAUGAUGCACAAGGAUACCAGACUGGUUUGGCCAAGACAAACACCAGAUACCAUGCCGGACGACGAAACGCCCGAUCUGCCUGAUACUUUAGACUAG